UGUAAACUGAAGUUGGAAGAGAUUGUAAAACCCUUUGACUCUCCACAGUGGAGUCCAUUGUUGCUUCUGACUUCCUCAAAUUCAAGUCCACAGAGUGGUUGACUGCAGGGUGCUGUUAUGGCUGACUCAGUCAUCCUUCGCAGCGUGAAGAAAUGUGGAGAGGAGAAUCAUGGUUUCCAGUCAGAUGGAUUAUAUAAUAAUGAUAAAAAAUCAAGGGUACAACGUGAGGAGAAAGGUGACAGCAUGCAAGUUGGCUUCUUUCAAUUGUUCCGGUUUUCUUCAUCAACUGACAUUUGGCUGAUGUUUGUGGGAAGUUUAUGUGCAUUUCUUCAUGGACUGGCCCAGCCAGGGAUGCUACUCGUUUUUGGCACAAUGACAGAUGUUUUCAUUGAAUAUGAUACUGAAUUACAAGAACUCAGCAUCCCGGGAAAAGUAUGUGUGAAUAAAACCAUCGUAUGGGCCAACGACUCCCUCAAUCAAAAUGUGACAAAUGGAACACGAUGUGGGUUGCUGAACAUUGAAAGUGAAAUGAUCAAAUUUGCCAGUUACUAUGCCGGAAUCGGUGUCCUAGUACUUAUCACAGGAUAUAUUCAAAUAUGCUUUUGGGUGAUUGCUGCAGCUCGCCAGAUACAGAAAAUGAGGAAAAUCUACUUUAAGAGAGUAAUGAGAAUGGAAAUAGGAUGGUUCGACUGCAAUUCAGUGGGAGAGCUGAACACAAGAUUCUCUGAUGAUAUUAAUAAAAUCAAUGAUGCCAUUGCUGACCAGAUAGCCCUUUUCCUUCAGCGCAUGACCACGAGCAUCUGUGGGUUCCUGCUGGGAUUUUACAGGGGCUGGAAACUGACCUUGGUUAUUAUUUCGGUCAGCCCUCUCAUUGGGAUUGGAGCCGCCAUAAUUGCUCUGAGUGUGUCCAAGUUUACUGAUUAUGAGCUGAAGGCCUAUGCCAAAGCAGGGUCAGUGGCUGAUGAAGUCAUUUCAUCUAUGCGGACAGUGGCUGCUUUCGGUGGUGAAAAAAGAGAGGUCAAAAGAUAUGAGAAAAAUCUUGUGUUUGCCCAGCGCUGGGGAAUUAGAAAAGGUAUAGUGAUGGGAUUCUUUACUGGAUAUAUCUGGUGUCUCAUCUUCUGUUGCUAUGCACUGGCCUUCUGGUAUGGCUCCACACUCGUCUUGGAUGAAGGAGAAUAUACAGCAGGAACCCUUGUUCAGAUUUUCCUCAGUGUCUUAGUAGCAGCUUUAAAUCUGGGCAAUGCAUCUCCUUGUUUGGAAGCCUUUGCAACUGGACGCGCAGCAGCCACCACCAUUUUCGAGACAAUAGACCGGAAACCAGUCAUUGACUGCAUGUCAGAAGACGGUUACAAGUUGGAUCGAAUCAAGGGUGAAAUUGAAUUCCGUAAUGUGACAUUCCAUUAUCCUUCCAGACCAGAGGUGAAGAUAUUAAACAACCUCAGUAUGGUCAUAAAAUCAGGGGAAAUGACGGCUCUGGUAGGACCCAGUGGAGCUGGGAAAAGUACAGCACUGCAACUCAUUCAGCGAUUCUACGACCCCUCUGAAGGCAUGUGGCUUAGAGCUCAGAUUGGGAUAGUGGAGCAAGAGCCAGCUCUGUUCGCCACCACAAUUGCAGAAAAUAUUCGCUUUGGCAGAGAAGAUGCAACCAUGGAAGAUAUAGUCCGAGCUGCCAAGGAAGCCAAUGCCUACAACUUCAUCAUGGAACUCCCACAGCAAUUUGACACCCUUGUUGGAGAAGGAGGAGGCCAGAUGAGCGGUGGCCAGAAACAAAGAGUAGCCAUUGCUAGAGCCCUCAUCCGAAACCCCAAGAUCCUGCUUUUGGAUAUGGCCACCUCUGCGUUGGACAAUGAGAGUGAAGCCAUAGUACAAGAAGCACUGAGUAAGGUUCAGCACGGACGAACAGUCGUCUCCGUCGCUCAUCGCCUAUCCACAGUCAGAGCUGCAGACGUCAUUGUUGGGUUUGAACAUGGCACAGCAGUAGAAAGGGGCAACCAUGAAGAACUGUUGGAAAGGAAAGGAGUUUACUUCACUCUAGUGACUUUGCAAAGUCAAGGAGAUCAAGCCCUUAACAAAGAGGACAAGCAGGGAAAAGAUGCAACAGAAGAUACCACGCUUGAGAGAAAACAGACCUUUAGCAGAGGGAGUUACCGUGCUAGUUUAAGAGCUUCUAUCCGGCAACGCUCCAAGUCUCAGCUUUCUUACCUGGUACACGAACCUCCGUUAGCUGUGGUAGAUCGUAAGUCUACUUACGAAGAAGACAGAAAGGGCAAGGACAUUCCUGUGGAAGAAGAAGUUGAACCUGCCCCGGUGAGGAGGAUUCUGAAAUUCAAUGCUCCAGAAUGGCCCUACAUGCUGGUAGGGGCUUUGGGUGCAGCUGUCAAUGGGACAGUGACACCGCUCUAUGCCUUCUUAUUCAGCCAGAUUCUUGGGACUUUUUCGAUUCCUGAUAAAGAAAAGCAGAGGUCAGAGAUCCAUGGUGUAUGUCUACUCUUUGUAGUACUGGGCCUUGCAUCCCUUUGCACCCAAUUUCUGCAGGGAUACACAUUUGCCAAAUCUGGGGAGCUCCUCACCAAGAGGCUACGUAAAUUUGGUUUCAAGGCAAUAUUGGGGCAGAACAUUGGCUGGUUCGAUGACAUCAGAAAUAGCCCCGGAGCACUGACAACAAGGCUUGCUACAGAUGCUUCCCAAGUUCAAGGGGCUGCCGGCUCUCAAAUUGGGAUGAUCGUCAACUCCUUCACCAACAUCACUGUGGCCAUGAUCAUUGCCUUCUACUUCAGCUGGAAGCUAAGCCUCGUCAUUGUGUGCUUCUUCCCCUUCUUGGCCUUCUCGGGAGCUGCACAGACCCGAAUGUUGACGGGAUUUGCCUCACAAGACAGGCAGGCUCUAGAGACAGCAGGACAGAUUACAAAUGAAGCCCUCAGUAAUAUCCGCACUGUUGCUGGAGUUGGAAAAGAGAAGCGUAUUAUUGAAGCAUAUGAGACUGAACUGCAGCAGCCGUUCAAGACAGCCAUUCGAAAAGCAAAUGUUUAUGGAUUCUGCUUUGGCUUUUCCCAGUGUAUAGCGUUUGUUGCUAAUUCUGCUUCCUACAGAUACGGAGGUUACUUAAUCUCUAGUGAAGGGCUCCAUUUCAGCUAUGUGUUCAGGGUGAUCUCUGCAGUUGUGCUGAGUGGAACUGCUCUUGGAAGAGCCUCCUCUUACACCCCAAGUUACGCCAAAGCUAAAAUAUCAGCUGCUCGCUUUUUUCAACUCCUAGACCGACGACCCCCAAUCAGUGUAUACAGUGGUGCAGGUGAAAAAUGGAACAACUUCCAGGGGAAGAUUGAGUUUGUCGACUGUACGUUUACAUAUCCUUCUCGACCUGAUGUACAAGUUCUGAAUGGUCUCACAGUAUCUGUUCAUCCAGGGCAGACACUGGCAUUUGUUGGAAGCAGUGGAUGUGGCAAAAGCACCAGCAUUCAGCUGUUGGAACGUUUCUAUGAUCCUGACAAAGGCAAGGUGUUGAUAGAUGGACAUGACAGCAGGAAGGUCAAUGUCCAGUUCCUCCGCUCGAACAUUGGAAUUGUUUCCCAGGAACCGGUGCUGUUUGCCUGUAGUAUAGCGGACAACAUCAAAUAUGGGGACAACACCCGAGAAAUCCCCAUGGAAAGAGUCAUAGCUGCCGCAAAGCAGGCUCAGCUGCAUGACUUUGUCAUGUCACUCCCAGAGAAAUAUGAAACUAACGUUGGGGCCCAGGGGUCUCAACUCUCUAGAGGGGAGAAGCAACGCAUUGCCAUCGCUCGGGCCAUUGUCCGGGAUCCUAAAAUCUUGCUACUAGAUGAGGCCACUUCUGCCUUAGACACAGAAAGUGAAAAGACCGUGCAAGUUGCCCUGGAUAAAGCCAGAGAGGGUCGGACGUGCAUUGUCAUUGCCCAUCGCUUGUCUACCAUCCAGAACUCAGAUACCAUUGCCAUCAUGUCACAGGGGGUGGUGAUUGAAAAGGGAACCCACGAAGAACUGAUGGCCCAGAAAGGAGCCUACUACAAACUGGUCACCACAGGAGCCCCCAUCAGUUGACCUGACUCAAGAAUCUCACGGACAGAUGAGGCACCAGUGAUAGGAAUCCUGGGGUGUUGCAUUUCUUUUUGUUUUUUUUGUUUUUUUUCUUUAAGGAGAAAUGCUGAUAUUUUACUUUCACAGACACUGUGAAAGUGUUUUGUGGUCCAGGCUAAUUGCUAAUCAUCUUCAAUAAUAAUUCAGUUUAGACGUCCAUCUAUAGAAAUUAAAGGAAACUAGGGCCAGAGUGAGUGAAAAUUCAAUGUAAAGCUCAUGCCGAGCCAUCACCCAGUGCUUUCUCUAUGCAGAAGCCAGUUCCAGUUCCUAUGUGAGAAUUUAUGAGAGGCCAUGGAGUAAAUGAGACUCAGAGCUCCUCAAGGGCAAAGGUCUGCUUUGCAUUUUUGAACCCUCAGUGUACACAGAACCUGGUAUAUAAUAGGCACUCAAUAAACAUUUAUUCAACUGGGCCAAGGUCAUAUGUGAAAAGAACAGAAGGACUGAAGACUAACCAUUUCUUCAAAAAAAUAGUAUCAUGGUAACAUAUACAUAACACAUCAAAUCAGUGAUAGUAAUUACAUUCACAGUAUUGAGCUACCAUCACCAUUAUCCGUUAUCAAAACUUUUUCAUCACCCAAA